UUGAGAAGUAUAUUUCGACAAACAAAAGCCAACUAUUAAUUAAAAAUUGUUGAUUAUUUUUUGGUUGAUUGUUAAAGUCAAUCAUUGAAUUUUAUCACACAAACAAGUCCUUAUUUAAAACGACCCUAGGCAUAAAAAAAUCAAUCGAAAUAGACAAUCAUACCCGCAUCACUGUAAGUUUUUAUUUCAAACCACUAAAGUAGUUUGCAUUAAUUAACAUUGAAUAUAAAAUUAAUUAACCAAUUGUAUUUACAAUGAUAGUCUUUGUUAUAAUAAAAAUAUAAAAUAAAGAAGAUGGCCGAUAUAGGAUGCUUACCCCCUGGGUUGAAAAUCAAUAUACUCUGGCAAUAUGUUCAGAACAAAAAGUUAAGAGUGGGGAAGAACAAAAUAAUAAAAAAAAAAAAAAAAACAGAAAAGACGUGAGAUAAAAAAUUCACAGACAUAUAAGUUUAGGGCAAAAAUAAACUCGUCUAGUCUGUAGUCAUUUUUAGUGCAAUCAUCAACAGUCAGUCAGUCAGUCACUUAGUCAGCAACAAUGAAUAAAAAAUGACAAAAAAGUAAUAGAAACAAGUGUAAUUUUAAAGAAAUUUUGUAGUUUAUUUAAAACGACAUGGAGAGAAAAAAAUAAAUUACACUGGAUUAAUUAUUUAUCAAAAUUUUUCUAAAGAACAUAAAACAUUAUGUCAGUUAGAAUGACGAGAUACAAGCAAGCUGAAUUUGAAGAUGAAGAUAGUAGUAGUAUUGGCUCAGUUGUUCUGAACAGUGAAGGCAUCAGUACAUCUGCAACGCAUAUAAGAUAUCACUCGGGAACAACAUUUUGGAGAGCUAGAAGUACAUUAGAAAGAUGUCUUUUUAUUAUUUGUGCUGGGCUGUUUUUUUUAGUGAUUGUCUUGAUAGUUAUUCUCAGCAUUAAACCAAGCUGGGAUGGAGCUCAAAUAUUGCACGUUACUUCAAACAGUGAAGAACGAUUGCAUUGUUUGACGGAACGAUGUGUAACAGCAGCUGCAACUAUUUUAAAUAGUAUAAAUCCAUCUGUUAACCCUUGUGAAAAUUUUUAUGAAUAUGCAUGUGGAAGUUGGAUUAAAAAAAAUCCAAUACCAGAUGGAAAAAGUAUGUGGGGAACAUUUGGAAAAUUAGAACAAGAAAAUCAAUUGGUUGUUAAAAAUGUUCUUGAAAAAUCAUUGACAGAUAUGAAAUCAGAAUCUGAAAGAAAAGCAAAAUUAUAUUAUACUUCAUGUAUGGAUGCAAAUGAAACUAUUGAAACUCUUGGAGCUCAACCAUUAUUAGAUCUUUUAGAUAAUGUUGGAGGCUGGAAUAUUUCGGGAAACUUUAAUAUUAGUACUUGGAGCUUACAAGAAAGUAUGCAUAUUCUACAAAAUAUAUAUAAUAUGGGUGGUUUUUUUUCAUGGGCAGUUAAUGAAGAUGAUAAAAAUAGUUCAAGACAUAUUGUUCAAGUUGAUCAAGGUGGACUUACUUUACCAACAAUAGACAAUUAUCUUAAUAAAACUGAACAUGAAAAAGUUCUUGUUGCUUAUUUAGAUUACAUGACUAAGAUUGGAGUAUUGUUAGGAGGAAAAGAAAUUGAAACACGACGUCAAAUGCAACAAGUCAUUGAGUUUGAAACAAAAUUAGCUGAAAUAACAACACCACAAGAAGAUAGAAGAGAUGAAGAAAAACUUUAUAAUCUCAUGACUGUUGGUGAUUUACAAAAACUUGCACCAUUUAUGUCUUGGGUUCAAUAUUUUCAAAAUGCAACAAAAAUUGUUUACAAAAGAAUAAAUAGCCGUACAGCAAUUGUAAAUUUUGCACCAGAGUAUUUCAAGAAAUUAGGAAAAUUGGUUCAAGAAUACAACAAAACAAAAGAUGGAAAAAUAAUACUGAACAAUUAUCUAAUAUGGCAGACAGUUCGAUCACUCACUGCAUUUUUAUCAAAGCCAUUUAGAGAAGCAUAUAAAGGUUUGAGAAAAGCUCUUAUUGGUUCUGAAGGAAAAGAAGAACAAUGGAGGUAUUGCGUAAGUGAUACAAAUAAUGUAAUGGGUUUUGCAAUUGGUGCAAUGUUUGUUCGAGAUGUUUUUCAUGGUAAAAGUAAAUCAAAGGCAGAAGAGAUGAUAAAUGAAAUUCGAGAAGCAUUCGUUAAAAAUCUAGUUAAUCUUGAUUGGAUGGACUCUGAGACAAGAAAAUCUGCUGAAAAAAAAGCAAAUGCUAUUACAGAUAUGAUUGGUUUUCCAUAUUUUAUUCUCAAUCCAAAUGAGCUUGAUGAACGUUAUAAAGAUUUAUUAAUGAAACCUGAUGAAUAUUUUUUAAACAAUAUAAGAGUUAACAAAUAUACAUUGAAGAAAAAUUUAGAAAAACUUGAUCAAGUUGUUAAUAAGACAACGUGGAUCAUGUCACCACCAACAGUAAAUGCUUAUUAUACACCAACAAAAAAUCAAAUUGUCUUUCCAGCUGGCAUUUUACAAAAUCCAUUCUACGAUAUGGGCAAUCCAAGUAGUCUUAAUUUUGGUGGAAUUGGCGUUGUAAUGGGUCAUGAACUUACUCAUGCAUUUGAUGAUCAAGGCAGAGAAUACGAUCUCCAUGGCAAUUUACAUAAAUGGUGGAACAAUGCAACAAUAGAAAGAUUUAAAAAUCGUACCGAGUGUUUUGUUGAACAAUACAGUAAUUUUAAAAGUCAAGGUCAUAAUAUUAAUGGAAGACAAACAUUAGGAGAAAAUAUUGCAGACAAUGGUGGACUCAAGGCAGCUUAUCAUGCAUAUUUGAAUUCACCAAAAAGUUAUCAAGAUCAAUUACCAUUGCCUGGUUUACAAUUGAAUCAUCGACAAUUAUUUUUCCUAAAUUUUGCCCAGGUUUGGUGCUCAGCAAUAACUCCUGAGGCAAUUGGACUUCAAAUUGAAAAAGAUUCACAUUGUCCACCUCAAUAUAGAGUUAUUGGACCACUUUCAAAUCUUCCUGAAUUUUCUACUGAAUUUAAUUGUCCAAAAGGUUCCACAAUGAAUCCAAUUGACAAGUGUGAAGUAUGGUAGACAAUAUUAAUGUCAAUAUUACAAUAAACAUUCAAAAUAAUCAUGUGACAUAAACUUAAUUUGAUUUACGGUGCUAAUAUAAUUUUUACUGAUAAUAAUUACUGUUAGCUUAAUAACAGUAUUUCAUUUAUAAUUUGAGGGACUUUACAGCUGUAUUUAUUUUGUUAUAAAUUGAAAAAUUUAUCAAUUUACAUUCUCAAACAUGUAUUUUAAUUGAAAUUGAUAAUUUCAUUAUUUGUAGAUUAUUAUUUUUUUGUUUAUCACAUAAAAGUGCUGCAUUAAAGCUAAAUAAACCAAAGAAAAAUCGAUAAAAGAACAUUUAAAAGUUAACAUUGAUAUUACUCUCCAAUUUAUUUUUACUAUACAAUUUGUUUUGGUCAUUUGUAUUCAUCUUUAAGUUUGGAAUUAAAUGGAGUUGUUUUUAUCAAAAUAUUUUUUAUGAAAAGUUAAAUUAAAUGCUUUUGUUUUAUUUUCAAUAUUAAAAGACUUUAUUUUUUAUUUUUGCUUCAAUAUAAUGUAUUAUUCAAAUAAUUUUCUAACAACAGUCGCACAAAAUCAAUAAGCAUUAACAUAUCAACCCUAUUUAUAAGUUUUAUUUACACUAAUUUUUCUAUAAAUUAAUUAUUUACAGAAUUUUUUUUAUCGAUCAUUUGUUUACUGUUUUUUUUUUUUGUUUUUUUCAUUUGAAAAUUAUUUUUUUUUAAGUCGAAAUUUGACUGAGUUUUUACAGUCUGUGAGCUCCACUCUAAAGUAGGAUUAAAUAUUAUAUAAUAAAAUUUAAUUAAUGAUUAUGCUUUGUAGCUUGAAGUUUAGUAGAUCACAUUUG